UACUCUGGUUAGUCUGAUUGAUGGGCGGGACUACGCAACUAUAUAUAGUGGGGCUGGAUCUCGGACGCCUCCCCUCUUUCUCUCCUUCUGGAUCCGCGGCUCCUCGUGGCGGCUGUGGUGUGGUGUGGCGUGGCGUGGCGUGUGCCGGGGUGGAUGAGCCGGUGGCGUGUUCGGCGAAAGUGCCGUUGGCGUGCUUUACCAGCGAGGUGUGCGUUCUGGCAACAGCGUGGGAUUGUGGUGGUGCGGGAUCAGGCUCCGCCGCUGGAAUUUUGUGUGUGGCUGGCAUCGAGGCACGAAUUUCCUCCCCCGCAGCGCACAGUGAGGCGGGCUGCUGGUUCUGUGGAGUCAGGUUGCCCUGCUGGGGGCCAUUCUGAGUGUGGUCGUGUUUCCCGUAGGUGCUGCGGGCUCAAGGUGGCGACCCAAUCCUGGUGGUGGGUUUUUCCUCACAGAUCUGCGUGUGUGUGGUGUCACGGGUGUUUUAGUUUCUUCCUCCCUUCAUGAUUUUGAGUUCGGGCCGCCACGGUAAGUCCCAGCCCUGUUCCCUUUUAGUGCCACCUACAGGUCAAAGUAGGAACAUGACCCACAGCUGAUGUUUUUUUUUUAAUAUCGUCAUCGCAAUAAAGAAUUGUUAUAUUUUUCUAUACCCUGUCUCUUGCCCUGUGGUAAUUUUGAGCCUGUGUUAGCCUAAGCUAAACUAUUUCCUGGGGCGAAAUCCCCCAGGUGGCGUUGUUGGUAUUGGUCUUCAGUCAGAAUUAGUGUUUUAAUCCCUCCCACUUGCCACAUACUUGGCGUUGUCGGCAGGAUACCACAGUUAAAAGGGCAGAGACUUGGUUGUUUUUUUUCUUUUCCUUUUCUUUUUAUUAAUGUGGUUUACCUCUUGUUUUUUUUAUUGGUGAUUAUUUGUGCAGUCAUAGAGCCAGAACAGCAGCGUUAUUCCCAAGCUCAACUUUAAUUAUCCUGUGCAUCUGUUUUUCGGGUGAUGAUGGAGGAGGAAAUGCAGCAGCUCAAAGAGUUGGUUUUGCAGCUUAAGGCGGACAACGAGCGACUCCGUCGGGAGUGUGCGGCCUCUCCGGGGGCCUCCAGUGGGGCUUCUUCGGGCUCUUCUGCUCCGGCAACAGGUGCUGUUUCAGAGAGGUUGGUUGUGAUUCCGAGAGACCGUAAGUGUCCCAUUUUCAAUGGUAAGACAGGCAUAGGGAUUGUUGAGUGGGUGGAGGAAGUUCAGGCAUGUGUACGCGCUCGCCACCUUUCUGCUACUGACCAAGCAUCGUUUCUUUUUGAUCAUUUGGAGGGAGAGGCAAAAGAGGAGAUCAAGUUUCGCUCCAAUGAAGAGCGCAGAGACCCAGCUCGGGUCCUGGCUAUUUUAAAGGAGCUGUAUGGGUGCAGUCAGUCUUACGUCACCCUGCAGCAGGCCUUCUUUUCUCGGCAUCAACAGGAAGGUGAGACUUUGCAGGAGUUCUCUUUAGCCCUCAUGGCUUUAAUGGCACAGGUUGAGCAACAUGCGCCUGAUAGAAUGCCUAAUGCAGGCGUUCUUCUUAGAGAUCAGUUUACAGAGCAUGUCCUUGAUAGCUCCCUCCGUCGGGAACUGAAGCAGUUGGUACGUCGCAAACCCACCAUCACCUUGUUGGAGCUGCGGAGUGAGGCAAUUCGAUGGGAGAGGGAGGGCCUUCUAGGUGGCGCUAGAGGUCGUAGCUCUUCACUGCCAGUAGCUUAUGGCCUCCAAUAUGGGGUGCAGGGUCAUCGUCAACCAGCUUCUCAGGUUGCUCCUCAAGGACCAGGCUUGAGUGAAGUAAUGGACCUCUUAAAGCGUCAGCAGGAACAGUUAAAUCACUUGGCCCAGACAGUAGCUUCUUUGCGGGCACCUCCCUUGCCAGGCCCUGUGUCUCGGUCUGUAGUUUGCAGGAAGUGCUUGCAGCCCGGUCAUUUUGCUCGAGAGUGUGACCGUGAGCGUGCUCACCCUCGUAGGCGUGCUAACUCCUCUACAGAUUUCGAUCGAAAUGCUGCACUGCCUUCUCAUUCUUCUCAGCAGUCGGGAAACUGA